AUGGCUAGGGUUUUGGGUGGUGAUUUUAGGGUUUUGGGUGAGGAAGUGCAAGAUGAGAAUAUGGAGGAGAUCGGGGAGCAUGGGAGACCGCCCAGAGAUCCAUCGGAUGCUCCAGACUCUUGGGUGAAGAAGGUAUUAGGGUGCAAUGAAGGAGGUAUGCCUGUACCGGAGGAGAUUGUGGACGAGUCUUUUGUGGAAUCAAAUCUGAAACUAGAGUUCCCGAAUGGUGAGGAUGGAGAACCGGUCUUGGGGAGGAGUAUCCCAUUAUUGAGCUUAACGAGAAGGCUGAAGGAGCUAUGGAAACCUGCGGGAUCAAUGUUUGUGAUGGAUCUCCCGAAGAAUUUUUUCAUGGUUCGUUUUGGAGUAGAGGAGGAGUAUAUGAAUGCGCUAUCAGGUGGCCCAUGGAGGGCUUUUGGGAGUUACCUUAUGGUGCAAGCAUGGACGCCUGAGUUUGAUCCGCUGAGGGAUGAGAUAGUUACGACACCGGUUUGGGUUCGUUUAGCACAUAUCCCAGUUAAUUUUUAUCAUAAAACGAUACUGAUGGGGAUUGCCAAGGGGUUAGGAAAACCGAUUAAGGUUGACUGCACCACGCUAAAAGUUGAAAGAGCUAGAUUUACGAGAAUUUGUGUGGAGGUUAACCUUAAUAAGCCAUUGAAAGGGACAGUGAUGAUUAAUGGUGAGAGGUACUGCGUAUCAUAUGAAGGAAUCUCGACGAUCUGCUCGUCAUGUGGUAUGUAUGGACAUCUAGCCUAUUCAUGCCCACGUAAGGUACUGGAGGAAACUCCUAUAAAUGUGGUUCUUCCAGUGGACAUGACACAAAAGAAUACGGAGGUUGGAGGUAUGGAUACAGAUUUUAUCUCAGUGAGACAGGCGAGGAAAGGGCUAACUCAGAAUGGGCAGAGAGGAGUUACACUGCGGAGUAAUGAAAGUAGGGAGAUGGUAGGAAAUAAGACGUUGAUCGGUAGUAAAGGUCGGGGGGCUCGUCAAGACAGUAUGUCGGAGGAGAUAAGGGUUUCGAAUAGGUUUGGAGGGUUGAAUGUGGAGGAGGAUAUGGAGGAACAAGUGGAGGAGAAUAGGAAUAGAGAAGAGAAUAAAGAAAAUGAGAAUACUACUAAUAUAGUUUCUGGAGGAGCAAGCAAAGAGACUGGGAAGGAAUUCUCGUUUGGAAAGAAUGAGAACAUAAGGAACCAACAACCAGCUCGAUUGGGUCCAAAAGAUAAGAAGAUUAGCAACAUGAGAGGUCCAAAUUCUCCUAAGACCAAACUGAGAAAUGUUGGGCCUAUGCGGGGUUUGGUGUUUGGCCCAAUAAGUGGGGAGAGUGGCCUGUCGGUGAGAGGGAAGAGACUACGAGUAGAGAAGGAAAAUGUCGGCCGACCAGGUGGUGUUUUCGUAGAAGAUGGGGAGUUAGACAGAAAUGAGAAGAAUUCUGGGCAUGUGUACGAUAAAAGCAACGCUCAGGAGCAACUUGCAGAGAUGGAGAAUCUGGAGUUGGAUGAGGUAGAAGCUAGUGCGAGCCAAGGACGAGAAGUCCUGAAGAAGGUGAUUAAUCUGAUUGUUGUGUAUGCGGCUCCUUCACCGAGCCAUAGAAGUGGCUUAUGGGCUGCUUUAGAAGAAGUUUUGCGUAAUGCGGAGGGUCCGGUGUUCUUUGGGGGAGACUUUAAUACAAUAGUGAGGAUAGAUGAAAGGAGUGGUGGGAAUGGGAGAUUGUCUGAGGAUUCUCUAAAGUUUGGUGAUUGGAUAAAUGAUAUGUUACUGAUUGAUAUGGGAUUUCAUGGCAAUCAAUUCACAUUGAAAAGGGGGAAAACUGAAAGCACAUUUGUAGCGAAGAGGCUGGAUAGAAUAUUAUGUUGUGCCCAGUCUAGACUCAGAUGGCAGGAGGCAAUUGUGAGGCAUUUACCUUUCUUAGCAUCAUACCACGCUCCUUUGUAUCUACAGCUCACACCGGAGGUUAAGGGUGAUGCACGUCGACGUCCAUUUCGUUUUGAGGCGGCAUGGCUACAACAUAAUGAGUUUCAAGACUUGCUAACAGCUUCAUGGGAUCGUGAUAUUGAUCCAAGAGAGGCUUUGCAGAGGUUGGAAUUGACACUCCGAAAGUGGAACAGAGAAGUUUUCGGAAAUGUCCAAAGAAGGAAAGAGGACUUGUUGAUAAAGAUUACAGAGAUACAGGACAAAAUUGAGCAAGACCUCUCUGAUGAGAUCUUGGUAAAGGAGGGAGAGCUAUUAAAAGAACUUGAGAUCGUCCUCGAGCAAGAAGAAGUGCUCUGGUUCCAAAAGUCGCGGGAGAAGUGGCGUGUGCAUGGAGAUAGAAAUACCAAGUUCUUUCAUAUGUCGACAAUCAAUAGGAGAAAGUGA